AUGGGGCUUCUGGCUGAUGGUGAAAGGAAGAAUGCAUCCAACUUCAGACUCUCGAACUUCAGACAAUACCCGAGUCAUCGAAACAAUCCGAUUGAUAUUGACAUGUCUGAGGAUAUCGGAAAUUUCACCGAAGAUUUGGUGGAAGCGGCAAUGUCGAAUGCGAUGGAACUGUCCGGAGUAACAGCAGCGCCAGAUGCCCCUUCCGCCGACGAGCCGGACCUCAAGCCCCUGUCGAACAUUCUCCGCGAGGUGGCCCAACUAGCGAAGAGUCUUCAACAGGGUAUGGAGAAUGUCCAAAUCGGCGACUACAAGGUGUCCCUAACCAACGCGUCCCCCCUCGAGAUCCAGCUGAAGCGCGCCAUCAGCAAUCUCGAGAUUUCCUCCAUCGACAAGCCCCUGAAGAUAAUAAUAAAGGGUGAGGGUGACUACGAAGUGCGAGAGGACACCCUGAUCUCCCUGAAUAAAGACCCAGGACCGAGUCAGUCGUCCUCUGACCCGAGCGUCCCGCCAAUCUCCGCGGCCAGCGACACCAGCGCUCCGACGCCCCAAGAACCCAACCUCAACUCCAAGAAGAUGACAUUCGCCAGAAGACUCAGGAGACUCUUCCGAAUUGGCCCCAAAAAUCCGUAA